UACAAAAAGUUUGUUAACUGGAGUUCAUCUCAACCCAAAAUUUGUUUCACGCUCUGGAGCUUGUUUAGUGUGUGCGUGUCUGUGUGUGUGUGGAGGACAGCGAAUUGGCCACCAGUCACACAUCACUUAAUAGUGGACACUCAAGACGUGGACAAGUGGUGCUACAGAGAAGUGUAUGAAAUCAUUGACUUUAGAUUCAGAGAAUGUCAACUGUGUUAAAUAAAAGUACGCCCGAGUACCUUGAGUUGAUAGAUGCCAACAGGCCAAGUCAAAGUAAUAAUGGCCAUCCGAGUUCGAAUGUUUACUUGGAGCCUUCACCACCCAAUGACAGACCCGUGGCAUCGACAUCAAAGACAUCACCAACUAGUACCACGAGAUCCAUCGACAGUGCCAAGCUCAAUCCUCACAUCUCUCCAGCGAAACCCAAGUCUGAAAUCACUGGGACUUCUCCAGCUUCAGUUACGUCUUACAACAACGUUUCAAGCGGCAGUAGUUCAGCCAAUUUUGCCCAUCAUACGCCGAGUAGGGCUCUCCCCCCCAUCGUCAAACGCCCAUCUCACUUGGAUCUACCCCAGCAUCCCUCGGAACAUUCAGACACGGGAACAUAUUCGCAGCUCGAGUCCGUGGACCAAUACGAUAUGAGCCCUACCCGAAGACAUAUUCUGGCUCGUUCUCCAGAGCAGAGUGAAAAAAGUAAAAAGUUCAUGUCCCUCGCCACUUGCUGCUUUAUAUUCAGCGUAGCUGCCAUCUUCACUACGAUACUCUCCUCCAUCUUAACCGUUGGAAAAAAUAUUGAGAGCAGCUUGAACGAGAAGCUUUCGUCCUUGGAGACACUUCAUGUUCAGUCUAGUAAGGAAUUGCUCGAGGCUAUCAACAAAGGAGGGUGCAAAGUGACAGCGGAUUUAAUAGUCAAAUACUCUGGAACAUGCUACUGCCUCUAUAAGAAGCAGCUCUCGUGGAACUCGGCCAGAGAGUUUUGUCUCACCAAAGGAAACGACGUCCAUCUAGCUGAGAUCUGCAAGAAAGAGGACAACGACUUCCUGAUACCAUACCUGCAAAUAGCCAAAACAAAGCAAGGCAUUUGGUUGGGUGCUUCAAGCUUGAGUGGCGAGUGGCAGUGGAACUUCACUGGGAAAAGCAUCGAACAAUUUGAGCCCAGCCAGUGGGAUGUAGGUCAGCCAAGUUCUUUUAGUCCUCUGGGACAUCGGGAGAGUUGUUUGGAAGUGUACAACUGGACAAGUCCGAUGUACAAGUGGAAUGACAUUGACUGCUCUUACGCGCAACCUUUUAUGUGCUCGUCUGACGAGUCCAACUGUUGUUGUUGAAUUGUGACCUUCACAUUUGGGUAGAUAUCAGUUCAAAUAGAGUUGACAUUUUUAUAGCUGCUGACCAUGUAUAUAGUUUAAAGUUUAUUUUAAAUUUUACUGUUUAAAAAUCUCCAUUUUUAAAAGCUGUGACUGUAAGACAAUAGACGCGACAGUUUUAAUGCCCAAAUGAUCUUCCGUAACCUUUUAUUCUUUUAAGAAAGUUUUUUUUCAAAAGCUAAAAUAUUUUCAUUCCUAAUGUGUCCAUAAUUUUAAAAUUGUGUAAGUUUUACUGUACAUAAUCUGUAGAAAUGGAAAUAUUUUAAGAAAUGCUUUUGUGUAUUUUUUAAAAUUAUAAUGAAACAUUUUGUAUAGAUUAAUGGAGAUAUGCGUAUGAGAUUGACAAACGGAUUUAUUACUACACUACUGCUUGGCUUUCACGAUUUUAUUCUGUUUUUACAUUAAAAUUUGUUACAGUAA